ACAUCAACUCAGACCCAUCUUCCACCACGAACAAGGCUCUGUCCGCAAAUGGCCUCGGCUCUCCCCUCCCCUUCCGCGCUCUCGUCCAUCGCCUCCUCCGCCGCCGUGGCAGUCGCCAAGCCGCCUCCGAAACCCUUCCUCAAGCCCCACCACAAGCCCCUCUCCACCACUCUUGCGGCCGCCGCCGCCGCCGCCGUCCUACUCUCCGCCGCCCCGGCCCCGUCCUUCGCUGACCCGAUGUUCAACCUUUACUACGGCACCGCCGCCAGCGCGGCCAACUACGGCGGAUACGGCGGGAACGCGGACAAGAAGGCCACCGCGGAGUACACGUACGAGGUCCCCGAGGGGUGGAAGGAGCGGCUGGUGUCCAAGGUCGAGAAGGGCACCAACGGCACCGACAGCGAGUUCUACAACCCCAAGAAGCGCUCCGAGCGCGAGUAUCUCACCUUCCUCUCCGGUUUCCGGGCGUUGGCUCCCGUCGACGCCGUCCUCUCCAACCUCGCCCUCUCCGACGUGGGCCUGCAGGACCAGAUCGCCACCGCCGACGAGGUACGCUCCCAGGAGCGCAAGGACGACGAUGGGCAGCUGUACUACGCCUACGAGAUCGAGGGGGCAGGCUCCCACAGCCUGAUAUCCGUCACUUGCGCCCGCAACAAGCUGUACGCCCACUUCGUCACCGCGCCCAAUCUCGACUGGAGCCGCGACCAGGACAUGCUCCGUCGCCUUCACGACUCCUUCAAGACUGUUGAUCCAUCUUCUUCGUAGCUUCUUUCCAUCCCCAAAUAUAUGACACUCCAAUGCUACUCCAGAGUGCGGAAGAACUAGUAGCAAAGGCGUCGAGUUUGCAGCAUGCUUUGUACUUAGAAGUCCAAGUAGAAGCAGCUGGGAAAUAAUCAGAGCAGUGAUGAUACGACCAUGGACGUCUGGCCAAAAUGCUGCUCCACUUUCGUAUUCUUGAUUGUAGACAUUAAUAAUCUGAAUCAUGAGAAAAACUGGAUCAGCAAAAAAUACUAGAUUUGUUAGAUGCAAGUUAUUUGAUGGUUAACAGAGAAGUGACAAGCAUGAAUCGAGUAUUCCAAGCAAAUUACUUGUUGGUGAAACACCGAAAUGAUCCACAAAUCUCCAUCUGGAUUCAAUCAGGCUCUCAUUUCCUAGUAAGAAAUUCUAUGUAAAAUGUAGUGAAGCGAAAAAAAAUGAGGUCUCAUGACCCUGCCAUGCUCUUGGAA